AUGGUGGAUACGUGUGCAACAUUUGUGAAGAUGACGUCGGAUCAGACUUUAGACGUGAUCGUGGUGGGCUCCUGCAUGACAGAUUUAGUGAGCCAGGCUCCGAGAUUACCGAAAGCAGGAGAAACCAUCCAUGGGCACAAGUUCUUCAUCGGGUUUGGUGGAAAAGGCGCCAACCAAUGUGUACAAGCAGCACGACUGGGCGCGGACAGUGCCAUGGUCUGCAUGGUUGGAAAGGAUUUCUUUGGAGACAAUUAUAUCCAGAACUUCAAGGACGGCGGAGUCUGCACAGACUUUGUGAAACAAACUUCCGCUGCAGCAACAGGAACAGCCUCCAUCACUCUGAACGAUGCAGGGGAAAAUGCCAUUGUAAUAGUUGCGGGUGCAAACUUGCUGCUGGACUCUGAGGAUCUGAAAGACGUGCAGCCGACGUUGAACCGAGCUAAGGUCCUGGUGUGUCAGCUGGAGAUCAACCCCCAGACCUCUCUGACGGCUCUGCGCAUGGCCCAGCAGUGCGGAGUGAAGACAAUUUUCAACCCUGCCCCAGCCAUCCCACUCAUGGACCAAGAGUUCUACACAGUCUCUGAUGUGUUCUGCUGUAAUGAGUCUGAGGCCGAGCUGCUGACGGGCCGCCCAGUGUCCAGUGUGGAGGAAGCUCGGGACGCGGGGCAGAACCUGAAAGCCCGUGGAUGUGGGGCCGUUAUCGUCACGUUAGGACCCAAGGGCUGUGUGGUGCUCCGGGGCGAGGGCUCCAAACACAUCCCCACAGCAGCGGUGUCGGCCAUGGACACUACGGGAGCAGGAGACAGCUUCAUUGGAGCACUAGCGUUUUACAUGGCCCGCUAUCCCACAAUGCCUUUGGAGGAGAUGGCCACCAGAGCCAAUCACGUCGCAGCUGUGAGCGUGCAGACCCUGGGCGCGCAGACGUCCUACCCAUUCAAAAAAGAUCUUCCUGCUGCAUUAUUCUGA